AUGUACAGAUCAACGUCAUUCUCGAAGUUUGUAGUUCGCGACGUCUUGUCCGAAUUUCGCCGUAAUUUACAAAGCAAUCGAGGAAUUUCGAGCAUCUCUCUUGAUGGCAAAAGCUGCGGAUCCGGAAAGAGGAAAUCGAAGGAUAAAUGCGAAAAAGGUGCCAUUAACGUGGCGAUUAUUGGAGGUGGGAUGUCGUCGAUGUAUGCUGCAAUUUUGCUAAAGCAGUCAACGAUUAUACAAUGCGUUCACCUAGUCGACACAAACGGUACUCUCUCGGGUUUGAUUUUCGAUGCAAAUCAUAUAGACACUUCGACUCGACUCAAGCAUUUCAAGGAGAAGCGCAUUUCGGAAGCCCUGAAUAACAUGGACAUUAUCGCUCUUAUGGACCGGAGUGACUUCAAUGUCGGGAACGACACACCUCGCGCGCAAUUCAUGGGAUCGGCAGAUUAUGUUCGAAAAAUGGCGGAAAAAAUGGUCCGUUUCUGUCCCGAAGCUCUCGUUGCGAUUUUCGCCCGUCCGGUGACGGCUACUCUGCCAUUGGUUUCGGAAAUUUAUAAAUGCCGCGGAUUUUGGGACCCCGAUCGAAUUAUCGGAUCUACGACGAUCGACGCCAUGAGAGCCGAGUCGGAAACCGCACAUUUUUUGGGACUCUGGCCCACCUCUCUAUCGAUACCCAUUGUCGGUGGAGCCGAUCCUUGCACGGUGAUCCCUCUCUUAUCGCGGGCCAAACCCGUCAAUAUUUUCUCGAGUGACCACGAGGACCUGUUGAUAAAUCGAGUGCGAUCCGCGGACAAGGAAUUAGCUGCCACGGAAUGGAAGGAGGCCAAAGUUUCAUUCGGAGCAGCGGCCGCGAAAAUGAUCGUCGCUCUUGCCGCCGGUCUCGGCGGCCACAAAAACGUCAUUUCGAGUGCCUUCGCGUGGUCGAAUGUUCUCCCAAUGUGUCGAUUUUUUUCAACCGAGCUCGAAUUCGGACGACAAGGGGUAAAAAGGAAUCUAGGACUACCGAAAAUUUCGUCGAAAGAAGUUUCGUCGAUCGGCCAGGCGAUCCCAAUAAUCGCCGAGAUGGUCGAUCUGGGAAUCAAAGCCGCCCACGAGAAAUCCAAUAUUUCAGGAAUAUCCCAAUUUUAG